AAAAUAUUAAAUGGGGAAUACUUGUUGUCGUAAUCAACCAAUAGAUACAGGUAAUGAUAGAGGUUAUUAAUAUGAUAGAGAAGCCUUUAGAUCGACCUUAAGAAGUAGGGUAAUAAAAUGGUUAAGAAAUUAAUAAUGUUGAGGAGCCACCAAAACAAAUAAUUUGUAAGUAAAAUAAAUAUAGAAUAGCUUAUCCUACAUUAUCAGUAUAGCCAUCAUUAUUUAUUUCAAUGAAAAGAGAGACAAUAUAUAGUACUUAUUCAGUAGGGAAGUUAUUGGGAGAAGGUUAGGAUUUGAUAGUUAUUAUAUAGGUGCUUAUGGAUAAGUAUCAAUAGUAACUCAUAGAGUGACAGGAAUGUAACGAGCUAUGAAAGCUAUAAGAAAGGAUUGUUUAUUUGAGGAAGAAUAAGCUAAACUAUUUUCUGAGAUGAAUAUUUUGAAAAAUUUGAAUCAUCCAAAUAUUGUAAAUCUUUUUGAGUUAUUUGAAGACGAGAAGUUCUAUUAUUUAAUAACAGAGUAAAGUUUAUAAUAAGAUAAUUUUAGAUAUUUAAGAGGUGGAGAGUUAUUUGAUAGAAUCCAGAAAGCUAAAAGUUUCAGUGAAGCAGAUGCAGUUAAAUAUAUGAAAUAAGUGAUAUCAGCUGUUGCUUAUUGUCAUUCAAAUAAUAUUGUACAUAGAGAUCUUAAACCAGAAAAUAUUAUUUUUGCAUCUGAAGAUUAAUACUCUACUUUGAAAGUGAUUGAUUUUGGAACAUCUAGAAAAUUCGAUAAAAACUAAAAUAUGUCUAAAAGAUUAGGAACAGUAUUAUUAAUUAAUAUUGAUAGCCUUAUUAUAUUGCUCCUGAAGUAUUAUAAAAGAAAUAUAAUGAAAAAUGUGAUGUAUGGUCUUGUGGUGUAAUUCUAUACAUUCUUUUAGUUGGAUAUCCACCUUUUUAUGGUAGAAAUGAAAAUGAAAUCUUUGAUAGAAUAUUAAAAGGUAAAAUACCAUUUCAUACUACUGAAUGGAAUAUAAUAUCAAAAGAAGCUAAAAAUCUUAUUAUUAAUAUGUUAUGUUAAGAUGUAGAAAAAAGAUAUUCAGCCUAAUAAGUUUUAGAUGAUCCUUGGAUGCAAUAAGGAUAAGAAUAAAAUUUAGUAGAUGAUAAUUUUUUAAAGAAUCUUACUGAAUUUAGUGCCAAGAGUAAACUUAAAUAAGCAUUACUUACAUUUAUGGCUAGUUAAAUGAUCUAACCAAAAGAAGUAGAAUAAAUUUAAGAACUCUUUAAAUAAUUAGAUAAAAAUAAUGAUGGAAAACUAUCUAAAGAAGAAUUAGUUGCUGCAUUUUAAUAAAAAGUUUAAAGUAAAGAUAGAUUAAUUGAAAAUAUGGAAACUAAAAUUAAUAAGAUUGUGUCUGAAAUUGAUGUUAAUUUAUCUGGAUACAUAGAUUAUACUGAAUUUAUUAUGGCAUGUUUGAAAUAUGAGAAAUUGCUUACCAUUGAAAAAAUCAAAUAAACCUUCAAAAUAUUUGAUAUUGUAAUUAAAUAUUAUAUCAUAGGAUGGUGAUAAUUACAUCUCUAAAGAAGAGUUAUCACAUAUUAUGGAAGGAGUAGAUGAUGAUAUUUGGAAAUAGUUCUUAGCUGAAUGUGAUUAAGAUAAUGAUGGCAAAAUUUCAGAAGAAGAGUUUAUUAAUCUACUACAAGAUAAAUUUUGA